GCAUGACACACGCCCCGCCCACCAGGUCAGCUUUCUGUUUACAUAACAUUGUUUUCCUCUCGUUUCUUCGGUGUUGUUCUGCGCAGUGAUUUGUUUUGCGAAGCUGAGCUCCGGUGAAAAAUGUUUCUCAAGGUUGUAGCUCCACUUGUGGUGGUCUUCCUGGCCGUAGAGAGUGGUGGGCUUCUCGGAGCCCCGGAGGAUGUGGACAGUAACAGGGAAGAUGUCCAGCAUGCCCUGCAGUUCGCCGUCAAUUCUCAUAACAAAAAGACCAACGACCUGUUUGUGGCUCAGGUUGUGUCAGUGAGGAAGGCACAGAUACAGGUUGUUUCUGGUUUGAACUAUAUUUUCACUGUUGAGCUGGUCAGGACAUCCUGCAGAAAAGGUGGUGUCCAGGAGGUGUGUGUGCCCCAUCCAGACCCAACUAUUGCAAAUCCUCAGGUGUGCAACCUGAAGGUCUGGAGUCAGCCUUGGAUGAACUCCAUGAAAGUUACGGAGAACACCUGCCAGUAGAAUUCAAGUUACACGGCCCAGAUUUGUUUGGCCUUCUUAGCAACUGCAAUAACUUUUUUUUUUUUCCAGUAAUAAAUUAACUAGCAUGAGCACAUAUAAUCUGUCAAGUUAUUGGUUUGCAUGUAGUGAGUGUCUUGUCAGUAAAUUACUCUGAGAAUUUUUUGACUGUCACAAGCUUAAGCAAUAACCUUCAGUGUGUUCAAAAAAUAGCAGUGCAACAUCACUAACCUGAUGAACCACUUUAGUAGAAGUGAUAUUUCUGCAUGGCAAGUAAUCUAUUUGUAGAUGUCGUCAUGUAAUAGAAACACAACGGGCCCAACUGUCAUGACCUGCAUGCUGCUUGUUCUCAGUAAUUGACCCAUUCAUUGAAAGGGGUGUGUUCAAAAUAGCAGCAUUGUGGAGUUUAGAGAAUUCAUUCUGUGGGAAAAAAGGAAGCAAAUGUUUCACACAUUUUAUAACAGAUGUAUUUCCUUCUGAAUUGCUCAGUAGAAUGGGCCACUCCAAACGUUGUUCGGAGGAACAAGGUAAUUUGGUUAAGAAGUUGAUUGGAGAGGGGAUAACGUAUAAAGAAGUGCAGCAAAUUAUAGGAUGUUCAGCGAAAAUGAUCUCAAAUGCUUUAAAAUGGCAAAAAAUCCUGAAACACGUGGAAGAAAACAAGCAACUACUGUUAAAACGGAUUGAAGAAUCAUCAGAAUGGCAAAGAUUCAGCCAAUCACCACCUCCAGAAAGCUCAAAGAUGAUCUAAAAUUACCUGUAACGGUCAGAAGACGUUUGAUCGAAGCUAUUAACAAGAAGCUCCCGUAAAGCACCACUGCUGAAAAAACAGCAUGUGCAGAAUCAGUUAAAAUUUGCCAAGGAACACGUUGAUUGGCCCAAAAAGAAACAGCAUAGCAUUCUGUGGACUGAUAAGAUUAAAAUUGUUCUUUUCAGGUCUAGUGGUCAUCGACAGCAUGUCAUACGACCCCCGGGUACUGAAUUCAAGCCACAGUACACUGUGAAGACAGUGAAGCAUGAUGGUGCAAAAAUCAUGGGAUGGGGAUAUUUUUCAUACUACAGUGUUGGGCCUAUUUAUCAUAUACCAGGCAUCGUAGAUCAGUCUGAAUAUAUCAAAACACUUGAAGAGAUUGUUGCCAUCUGCCCAAAAGGAAAUGCCCCUGAAAUUGGUGUUUCAACAAGACAACCCCAAACACAUGAGUAAGGUGAACAGGUCAGUUCCAGACAAAAAGGAUUGAGGUAAUGGAGUCGCAGCCUCGGCCCCAUUGAAAACUUGUAGGGUGACAUUAAAAAUGCAGUUUCUGAAACAACCCAAAAAUUUACAGGAACUGUGGAAUAUAGUUCAUUCAGCCGGAGUUGAAAUACCUGUUUAGAGGUGCCAGAAGUUGGUUGACUCAAUGCAACACAGAUUAUCAAAAACGGUGGUUAUGCAACUAAAUAUUAGUCCAGUUUGACGAGAAAAAUGUUGACACUGCCAUUUUUUGAACAGAUUAUUAUUCCUUUUCUUUGCUUCCUAUAAAAGACUAACACAGACUUGAUAAAAUUUGUUAAUGCUUUGAUUUGGAACGGAAUGUAUAAUGUUUCCAUGAUGCUUGAAAUAGAAAUAAAAGCUAUUCAAAAUA